CCAAUCAUUCAAUUGAAAUCUCGCAAGCAACAACUCAAUGAAUUAAACCCACAAGUCAAAAUUUUGUCAUUUCUCACUCCAAAUCCAUCCAUUUCUAUUAGUAAUCAGGUUUCAGCGCGUGUAUAUAUGCGUAAAACAUUCUGAGGGUAAUGGGUCUGCAAAUGGGGCUUUUGAUAGUAUUGGUUCAUGCCCUUUUCUUGAUUUCUGUUGUGUGUCGAGUUCGCGCUGGUGAGUUUAAAGCGAACCAGACAGGUAUUGUUCAUGUCGAUGCUUCGCCGAGAGCUAGCAGGAAGAUACCUGAUAAUAUGUUUGGUACGACCUUCGAGGAGAUCAACCAUGCUGGAGCUGGUGGGUUGUGGGCAGAGCUCGUAAGCAAUAGAGGAUUUGAAGCUGGAGGCCCCAACACUCCUUCAAACAUUGACCCAUGGUCUAUAAUUGGAAACGAGUCGUAUAUUUCCGUGUCAACAGACCGAACCUCUUGCUUCAGUCGUAAUGAGGUUGCGCUUCAAAUGGAAGUAUUAUGUGACUGCAGAGGGCCUAACAUCUGUCCAUCUUCUGGUGUUGGCAUAUAUAACCCUGGUUACUGGGGCAUGAAUAUUGAAAAAAGAAAGGUCUAUAAAGUUACAUUGUAUAUUAGGUCAUUGGGGUCCGUGAAUAUAACGGUUUCACUGGCUAGCUCAGAUGGAACGCAGCUUCUCUCUGCUUCUAACAUUAUAAUUGAUACCCAGGAUGUAUCAAAAUGGACCAAGGUUGAGCGGCUUUUAGUGUCGAAAGGAGCAAAUGUUAAUUCAAGGCUUCAACUGACUACCGUUAAGAAGGGUGUUUAUUGGUUCGACCAAGUUUCUGUCAUGCCAUUGGACACUUACAAGGGACAUGGUUUUAGGAUGGAUCUUGUCUCUAUGCUAGAAAAUAUAAAACCUCGGUAUCUCAGAUUUCCAGGUGGUAGCUAUGUUGAAGGUGGGUGGCUAAGAAAUGCUUUUCGAUGGAAGGAAACAGUUGGUCCCUGGGAAGAGAGGCCGGGUCACUUUGGUGAUAUUUGGCUGUAUUGGACUGACGAUGGCCUUGGAUUUUUUGAAUUUCUUCAACUCGCAGAGGACCUAGCUGCUGCUCCAGUUUGGGUGAUUAAUAAUGGAAUCAGCCAUAAUGAUCAUGUUGAUUCGUCCGGCAUCUUACCAUUUGUACAGGAUAUUCUUGAUGGCAUAGAGUUUGCUCGGGGUGAUCCUGACACCAAGUGGGGAUCCAUUCGAGCGACAAUGGGCCAUCCGAAACCUUUUCAACUAAAUCAUGUUGCAAUCGGAAAUGAAGACUGUUGGCGAGGAAAUUACCGAGGAAACUAUCUCAAGUUCUACAAUGGGAUUAAAGCUAUUUAUCCUGACAUCAAAAUCAUUUCCAAUUGCGACGGAUCUUCUCACCAAUUAGAUCAUCCUGCAGAUCUUUACGAUUUCCAUGUUUAUACAUCUGCCGCCAACAUGUUCUCCAUGGUUCAUCAAUUUGACAGUGCUUCGCGUUCUGGACCAAAGGCUUUUGUUAGUGAGUAUGCUGUGCACGGAGGGGAUGCUGGCUCCGGAAGCCUUUUAGCAGCACUAGCAGAAGCUGCUUUUCUUAUUGGUCUUGAAAAGAACAGCGAUGCUGUUGAGAUGGCUAGCUAUGCACCUUUGUUUGUCAACGCCAAUGACCGACGGUUUAGCCCAGAUGCCAUUGUGUUUAACUCAUGGCAGCAUUAUGGAACUCCAAGCUACUGGAUGCAACAAUUUUUCAGGGAAUCAGGGGGGGCUAUUUUCCAUCCUACUACUGUAGAAGCCGGCUCCUCGAGUUUAUUGGUUGCAUCUGCAAUUACUUGGCAAAAUCCGAAAAACAGCAACACUUACCUGAAGAUAAAGAUUGUCAAUUUUGGGAGUGAUGUCGUGAAUCUUAAGAUCUCAAUGAAUGGAUUACAAAAUCGUGUCUCCUCUUCAGGAUCAAUCAAGACUGUACUCACAUCUGGUAAUUUGAAGGAUGAAAAUUCCUUCAGUACACCUAAAAAGGUAGUACCGGUAUCCAGUGUUAUUUCAAAUGCAGGAUCUAAUAUGGACGCCAUUAUAUCUGCACAUUCUGUAACUUCAUUCGACCUACUACUUGCUCCAGCACAUUCCAGGUCUACAAUUUAAAAAAUAUAUAAAUAGAAAGCUAAAGAAUCGCAAACACUGAAAAAAUAAAAGAUAAGAAAGCAACCAGCUAAAGAGUACAAUAAAAGACUGGUUUGUACAUAUACAUUUCUAUCAAUAAAACCACGAAUUUGGAUUGUUUAGAUUGAACAGUAUAAUGCGAAGUUGUUAUAUGUCAA